GAGUGUGUGUGCGCUGUCGUCGUUGUCAGCGCCGCGCCGCUAUACGCGCUUACACGCGUUUUGUUUUGUUGUUGUUCGUUGUGUUGCCAUCAUUUUCGUGGUUAUUGUGGAUGCAACAUUUCGUUAUUGUUGUUGUCGCGUAUUUAUUUUUGCUUUGAUAAUUGUAAAUAUGUUGCGAUAGUUGUAGCUAAAGCUGUGCGCUGUCUUUCGACUCGUGUGUGUGUGUAUGUGUUUGAGUGUGCAUGGCUGUGUGUUUGCGUUCAUCCCCUGCUGUUUGCGGAUACGAGAUGCAGAUAGUCAUCGCAACGAGACACGCUGAUGCUACCACCAACCAUUGACGAGCAACAACGCCGCUUUGCACAAACACACACACACAGACAUAUUCUAUAAAUAAACAACAACAAAAAGACACACAGCGCACAUAUGCCACCCUUCUUCAAUCCCUACAGGCAGCUCGAUCACUCAUACACAUACGCGCAUAGAGCCAUACAGACACGUACACUUAGUAAAUAUUUAGUCAUCAGCCACAACAUCCUCAUGGCACAUCCCGGUUCAUCCCCGUUAAGCCACUGCACCGCUAACUGUAGCUGCGCUAGCGACGCGCAUUGAAGCAACGCCGACUGAACGAACACAUCCCAGCUCGAACAUCCGUUUGUAGCAUCCCAAACCAAUUCAAAUAUUAAAACGUUCAUUCGCCUUGGGUGUUGAUGUGUCUGCGUGGUCGUAGUCGUGGACGUGCUCGUAUCCGUUUGCAGCAUUUCGUUUUGCUUUGGUUUGAUUUAGUCUUGCGGAGACAACCGGCAGACAGACAACUCACACAGACCACUCAGCGCUCGCAGGCUCUGCGAUUUUCACUGCUCAUACGCGCAUUCGUCUUUGACAAGCGGUACGCACGAUUGACUAACUAACUUCGGCGUUCGCAGUUAGUGCGAGUUAGUGCUCGAGCGUUUUGCGACAUAUUUGUGUGAUUCUUGAAGAAGUCGUGCUUGACGCGUACGCACUCGGUGCUAGUGUAACUGUAAAAAGUUGAAAUUUAAACAAAAAAAUAUAAAAGAAAUAAGAACUGAAAAAUCAUUGCUUUCAAGAACUUCAUGAUAAUUUCAAUAUUUUGUGGAAUUUAUAACAAAAAAUAUGUUUAAUUUCGGUUGAUUUCGUGUCAUUUCGUUGAAAAGCAGCUUGCGGUUUUAAAUUAUUCAAUUACUGACUGGAUAAUUACAAGUGCGUCUGUGACUCCGCAACCACACAAUCACAGCUGUUGUGCGAAAUGAGCGCCGGAAAGUGCUGGAGUACCAAGAAUUUCCAUUAAAAAAAGCAAAUAUUAAAUUAUAUUUAAAUUAUGAAAAAUAUGUGAAAAUAAAAUUAAAUACUUGGAAGUAAUGGAUAGUAAUGGAAAGUGUGGUGUGAAAUUUAGAAAUUAACUAGAAAAAGUACAAUUCGUGGAAGUUCUAAAAAGGCAGCCGAAUAAAGGGCAAAGUACUGCUGAAAUGUUAUUAAAGUAGUCAAAUUAUAAUUACCAAUACAUAUGCAAUUACAUAUGAAGUACAAAAACUGAAGCGUGAAUUAAUCGAUUUUUAUAUGCGACUACUUCAUAAAAAUAAUUUAUAAAAAAUUUAAUUAAUUAAUUACAUAAUUAAAAAAAUUAAUUAAUAAUUAGUGCUCAUUAAUUACAUAAUUAUAAUUUAAAAAUUAAAAAAAAAAUUAAAAAAAAUUAACUAAUUAAAGGAAAUCACUUUCAAAACAUUUAAGCAACUAACGCUCAAAAAGUUCCCACAUUUCAUGCUGGUACUUCUAAGGGUUAACUAAAAAUAUAAAUAUGCAUUGUUCACACAAAUGAAUUAUAAUUGAAUAAUAAUUAUAAUUUAGCCUAUCAUUAAAUUGAGCGCGUCAUAAAUUCUUAAAUUCGCCAAAAGUAAUCAGUGUUCAACUCAAGUUGCAGUCGCCGUCGGCAUAUGCAGUAUACUUGCAUGACUGCUUAAACUAAAUAAAAAGUAAAAAGUACUUAAUUUAACCAUAGAAGUUAUAAAAACCAAAUAUUUGGGAUUGCAACGCGCGGCUUGAAUAUGAUUUUCGAUCGCUAUGCUGUAUCAGGCAAUAGUGGCGACGAGUACGAAGCGGCGGCAGUGCGACACCUCAAUUUUGUGCCAUUCUCCAAUCACCACAGCAAUCACUUCAAUCACCAACUCCCCCUGCAGCAUCAUCUCCACCAACAACAAACACACCUGCCAACGACGCCACUGACAGCGAGCGCCGCACAGCCGUCGUUGAAUUACGAACGCGGCGAACACAAGCGCGAGAGCGGUGACCUAAACGUCGCUAAUGUCAACGCCAGCGCCAACGUCAACGCCAAUACAAUUUUACAAAACGGCCAUAAUAGUGCGGCGUCAUACGAUUUGGACGCAUCGCCACUUUAUGCGACACCAAUUGGGGCGGCAUAUCACAAUCAUCAGCAGCAGCAGCAGCAACAGCAACAGCAACAACACAAUCACAAUAACAACAAACAGGGCAUUAACUUGCAGCCACCACAACAAAACCAACCACACCUGCCGACACAAGCGCUUGCAGCAGCGGCAGCCGCCACGUCCGCCACAACGCCCACCUCCGCGUCCGGUACAGCGCAUCCAAUGUACAAUUCAUUCUUUGGCAGUAAAGCGCACGCGGAAGACUUCUUCACGCAGCUGGCGCGUUUGCGUGGACGCGACGAUUCCGUAAACGGCUUGGAUAUACGGGAGCGCGGCGUGUACGCGAAGGUGCGGCUUAGCCGCGGUACGCGUUACGGCCCAUUUGUGGUGAAGCUGUGCAGCGAGCCGACGGCGCCCAGCCUGGCUUGGGAGGUCAUUGCAGGUCCACACUUCCGCGGCUGGUUGGAGCCGUCACAUGAUGUUGCGACGUGGCUGCGCAAAAUACGCGCUGUCGACAAUGACGGAGAGGCUAAUCUGAAGAACUUCCUGGUGGCAGGAUAUCUUUGGUAUGAAACAAAUCGUGAUAUAAACGCCGGCGAAGAAAUCACCAUCGAUGGACGGCCGCGCACACCCAUACACCUAAACGAUGGCUUCGCCAAUGGCGGCGAUGCGGGCACAUUGAACGCGACGAGUGGCUCGCUGCAAGGCGAUGAUAAGAGCGAACGUGAUAAUGGAUCUCUCUAUAGUGGCGGCAACACCACAGGCGACGACGAGUACAACCGUGAGCGUUCGUUUAGCGAGAAAGCGGAUUGCCUUGAUUUGACCGACGACGAAAACGGUUUCGACAUACGUUGUGAAGUUUGUGAUAAAACAUUUCCGGAGCUAGACGAGUUGGACCAUCAUUUGGUUGCUAAGCACUCGUUUCGUAAAGACGAGUUCCCCUGUGAGUUGUGCAACAAGCCAUUUUGUCAUCGUCCUUUAUUACUGAAGCAUCGCGCCUUAGAGCACAACGAAGUUCGAAAGUAUCCCUGUGAAAAUUGCCCAAAGGUAUUUCGUGAUCCAUCGAAUUUACAGCGGCAUAUUCGUGCCAACCACAUCGGUGCCAGAAGUCACGCGUGUCCGGAGUGCGGAAAAACAUUUGGUACAUCGUCCGGCCUCAAGCAGCACACGCACAUCCACUCGUCGGUGAAGCCGUUCCAGUGUGAGGUGUGUUACAAGGCGUAUACGCAAUUCUCGAAUUUAUGCCGUCACAAGCGCAUGCACGCCGAUUGUCGCAUGCAAAUCAGAUGUCCUAAGUGCGGUCAGAGCUUCAGCACGGGUACCUCGUUAACCAAGCACAAGCGUUUUUGUGACCCCACCAACGUGCCGCUGCCACCACAGCCCGUCUCAGCCGGAUCCGGUGUGAAUUUGCCACCACAUUUGCCGACGCACCAACAGCAAGUCAUGCAGUCUCGCGUCUUACAGUCGAUGAAUGCGGCCGUCGCCGCCGCCACGGGUAAUACCAAUGGCACAAGCGCUGGUCUGCCAGGUAGUGGCAUGUCGCCAGCCGACCAUCCGUUCGUGCUGUUUCCGCCGUUCUUUCCGAAUUUUCCAGCUGCAGCCGCUGCCUACGGAUUGCCGGGCAUAUUUCCGCCAAGCUCAGCGCAGGCAACCAACUUCCCGUUCUUGUUUCCGAAGACCAAUUUGGACAUGUGCAUGCCGGGUUUGCCGACGUCAAGUGCUCACAAUACAUUCAGCAGUUUGCCGUCUAUUAAGGCUAGACGGCUACACAAUUUGAACGCUGGCGAGAGUAUGCGCUCGGGCGACGUAUCACCGCCGUCGAGUGAGCACAGUCUGAAGCAAUCGAAUAGUAACGCUAAUGCCACACUAAGUCUAGCCACGGAUACUGAUGAAGAGGGCAAAGUACCAACACCACUUGCGCUGACGUUGGCUUGUAAUUCACCCAAUUUCAAUGCCAAUCAAAACAGUUUCUCCACACACAAUCCAAGUGAUGAGGAGACCAGCUCGUCUGUGGAGCUAAAGAUCACACAAAAUGAAGACGUCGACGUGCAGGAGCAAGAAGAAGUUGAGGAGCCAGCAGAUAUGUCAAAGUGUGAGACCAGCACCAACAAGCUUAUGGAAGAUGAUAAGAAAUCGAUUGAUAUAAUGAGCACUCCACCACCCGCAGACCCGUCGGAUGAGGAAAACAGCAAAGCCACCAAUAGCGCCGCUGCUGCGGAACUGCCACUCGAUUUGAGUAUAGGCCGCAAGCGCGCACGCACCGCCAGCUCCAGCUCAACUGCCGACACACAAUCGGUACAUAGCGAACGCUCCAGCAAUCAGGCCACACAAGGCGAGCACAAAUCUGACUGCGAGCAGCAACCCGAGUCCAACCUAAUACGCGCACAUCACCAUAAAUUACUCAGGCGUUCAAGCCACAAAAUAUCAAACCGUCGCUGCGAGAAGCUAAAUCGUACACCCUCUAUUACCGCCUCGCCUGGACCGACACCGUCACCUUCGCCACCCAGCAAAGAGCAAGUCAAUUUAUUGUCAAACGAUGUGAAUUCCUCAGCGUCGGCGGACUUUGAUUGCUUGCAACCGUUAGAACGAAAUCCGCUUUUCUUGGAGGAGAUCUAUCAUCGUUCGCGCACGCUAAACGAUAUCUUUCCACGCCCGUUUCCUUUUUUAGGGCCAAUGGGCGGACGGCCAGCCUUUGAUAGAGCAUUACAAUGCUCUGACAUGCCGUUUCCGCCCGAACCGGUUUUUCGCAAAAAUCUACUACCUGCCGGUCUCAUCGGCAGCAUGUUGGCCACGGCCUCCGGCAAAAUCAAGGAUCGCUACACAUGCAAGUACUGUGGCAAGGUGUUUCCGCGUUCAGCCAAUUUGACACGUCACGUGCGCACACACACCGGCGAACAGCCCUAUACGUGUAAGUACUGUGAUCGUGCUUUUAGCAUUUCGUCCAACCUGCAGCGUCAUGUACGCAAUAUACACAAUAAGGAGCGUCCGUUCCGCUGUCAUCUGUGCGAUCGCUGUUUUGGUCAGCAAACGAAUCUCGACCGACAUCUGAAGAAACACGAAGCCGACACGAACGGUUUGGGUAUUGGUUUCGGCGACUCGCCCUCCUCCAAUGAGGCCGAUCGCGAGGACAACUAUCUCGAUGAGAUACGCUCCUUCAUGGGCCAAGGCACAUACAGCGAAGAACAGUACACACCGACGAGCAUUGGUGGCGCCGAAAACGACACCGACUAUGCGGGCAGCGAUGCAGACGUGGAGUUAUCCGUCUCGCGUUCAUCCUCAGUCGAUGCUGCGUUGGCUAUUGGUAGUGGUGAGGAUGCCGUGCACGUAAAGCAAGAGCCGUCGGCAGAUGCGACGAAGACCAGCGACGCGGUCGAUGUAAGCUCGUAAGCGAGCGCGAAGGGUUGCGAAGUGUUGCUUAGCAGGUGUUAAGUGUUUUGAGUAAAAAUUACAUAAUUAACGGUCGUUGUCGAUGUGUGGGUGAAACGCACAUAUUGCGUAGCGCAGUUGCGCGCUGAGUUCUGGAACGUUUACGUCUAUUACGUCAAUAGUGAUAAAACUGUGCGCAUUUGCUCGUGACAUACUAUCAAACAGCUGUGUUGAAAAUAUUAGCAUAACGAAUUUUAAGUGUAUAAAUCAUAAUUGUUGGACAUAAACAUACAGUUUCACAUACAUACAUACAUACAUGUGUGUGUGUCUGUGCGUAUAUAGUAUUUAGCUGAGCGCAUUAUAUGCAAAGUAUCUAAACUACAGUUGUUUUUGUAAUAAGUUUUGUUAAAUUUACUAGAAUGUACUAUUAAAUCUAAAUGAAUUCUUGAUUAGCUAGCAAAAGUCAGGAAAGUUGAAAAUCAAUUUUUUUGCUACCAAAAAGUGUAAAUUGGGCCUCGCAAGUCCAGUGAUUUGCACUCAGCAGCACUUGAAAGCGUCAAUAGCGUAUUUGUUUAGUUGUAAGUGCCACAAGAAAAUAUUAAAAUUUAAAUAAAUAAACAAAAAUGCGCAAAUAAAUGCAUAAAUCUUAAGUAAUUAGCAGACUAAGUAACAAAAGUCACUUGUAAAUAAAUAUGAUAAUAAUGAUGAAGGAGGUUAAUUGUAUGUUUUGAGACAACACGCGCACAUAAUACAAUUAUAUAAGCAGUAUAUGAGCAGAAAUACGUAUGUAAAUGUUUAAGUAAAUAAAUAAAAUUUGAUUUUUGUAAUUUGUAAGCGUAAACCAAUCGUUUAAUAAAUAAAUAAAAAAUAAAAAAA